AUGUUGCGCGUCCGCCGCCUCGUGACGCUCUGGCAGCGAGCGCAGCCACUUCCAAACGCGAGGAUGCAGCAGCUCAGUCAUCGUUUCACGCGUGCGUCUGCCUCUUCUUCUUCGUUGCUAUUGCAGCGCCGCUGGACGUCCUGUAUGACGACCAACGGCGUCGCUAUGGAGUCGGACGAGUGUCGGAUCAAGUUACUGGCCGAGCUCGACGUCUAUUGCGACACUGGCAAGUGGCGUGAGGCUCUCGAGCUUCUAGAUCACGUGGACAAGGACCAGACCAUGCCGAAGCUUGAUGCAGCCAUGUACGAGCGGGCUAUUGCUACCUGUGCUCGCACAGGCAAAGUUGAAGUGCUGCCUGGACUGCUGAACAACAUGCUCGUGGACAACUUGUCGCCCACGAGUGUGACGAUGGACUAUAUCAUCCAGGCUUAUCUGGCUAAAGAGCACUGGGGUCUUAUUGUGCAGCUGGCGAAUGAAGCCACAGCAACGGGUGUCGAGCUCUCUCCUGCUGCCUUUCACGCUAUUAUGGAGGCCUGUGGACAGGUGAAAGAUGCUGACAGCACGAUGACUAUUAUGGAGCACUUGAGUAAUUCUGGCAUGGUGCUCACGACAGACCACUACAGCGCAGCUAUCCGGGCUGUGGGUAUGGCUAAAAGACCGGACAAGGCGAUGACGUUGUUUGUGCAGAUGGAAGAGCACCACGGGCUGUUGGACGACGGAAAAGCGUUCAGUCAGCUGAUUCGCAGUCAAGUGCUAAACGGAGAGCUGGAGCAGGCGCUGCAGAGCUUUGCUGUCGCCACGCAGCGCGAGUUGAGUCUGGAAGAACCGAUCUACACGUGCGCGAUUGAUGCGCUUGUGAUGAAUGCGAAGUAUUGGCAAGCCACGCGGUUGUUUGAACAAAUGCUAGAGCGUGGCGAGAAGACGCCUACGGUGUUUUGUCUGGGUCGCGCAAUGAUUGCUUAUGCAGGUGCUAACCGUAGCCAACAUGCUCGGGCGUGCUGGAAAAAGAUUGUGGAGAUGAACGAGCCCAACCCGCUUCCGACAAAGUACAACAAGAUGCUGCAAGGACUCACGUAUGUCAAAGAUACGCACCUCAUAGUAGACGUGUUUGAGUACAUGCAGAAGCUGUUUGAGGCCGGCCAGAUCCAUCAGGGUGCCUACACAACAGCUAUCCGCGCUUAUGGGCGACUGGGCGACACGCAAAGAGCAGUGGAUUUGUUUGAUGAGUACAUUGAGAGCUGCAAGACCACCAAGAGAGUAUCGUGCUUUGCCGGCAUCUACUUAGCCCUAUUCAACGCGCUUUCGCGAGACACUGUGCGUGAUCCUGUGCUCAACACUCGCGACGCCAAGCGCGCUUGGACGAUUAUGUCUGCCAAUGUACCGGUCGUGCUCGCACCAGCUUAUGCUAGUCUGGCAGGCGUGUUUGCUAGUACCGGUGAUAUGGAUACGCUCGCGGAGCUGAUCGAGCAUGCUGAGCAGAGCUGGGGUGCCGCGUCUGAGGCAAUGCACCCGCUGGAAGUUGAUGAGGACGGUACUGAAGUGGAAGCAGUUGCGAUUUUUGAUGGCGAUGUCGUCGAGCUUGAUGAUGAAAGCGAUGGUAGGGACAAUGAGGUACUGCUGUUCAACGGUGUAAUCAGCGGCUUGGGCAAGGCACGUAACGACCAAACAUCGAAUAUCGAGGCUUACCUGGAUGUGAUUCUUUCACGGGGACUUCCAAUCACCGAUUCUACCGUGCGCGCAACGACGGACGCAUGCGUCCGCUUUGAAAACUGGGACUUGAUGGGAAAGCUGCUGAGAAUAGUCGACGUGGACGCAUGGAAGAAUCCCGAAGUGUGCGCAGGGGACACGAUAUCAAAGUUGCUUGAUGCAGGCAGGUGGAGUUUGGGUCGCCAGUGGUUGAUGUUUUGCCAUCGCCACGGUUUGCAUCCUCCUAUCCGUCGUAAAGGAGAGCUGCUACAAGAAAUGUCCAAGAUCAAGAGCAGGGAGUGGAAGGUUGCAUACGCUUUGGCAAACGAGACCAUGUCAUUCCGUCGUCUGGUCCAAAACAAUGUGGACAGCGUUGCCGACGCAGUUGAUGUGUGCGUGAAUGCUGAACGUAUGGACUUGGUCGUGAAGCUUUUCGACUCCGUCGCAAGACAUCCGUCACUCCGGUACUUUCGUAACAAUGAGCGGGAGAUGCAAGCUGAUCCAGAUGCAUCUCAAUCCUCGCAAUCUGAUGUGGUGCCUGUGGUGAUCCCGCUUCGCAUGUACAAGAACUCAAUUCUGGCGCUGCUUCGUCAACCUAAGGGCGAAGAUGCGGGUGGUGACAGUAGAUGUAUGGCCAAAGCGGAACGUAUCUGCAGGCAAAUGCUGGAGGUGCAUGGAAAGAGUUUGGACGGCGAUGCUCUGUCUAUGGCUAUCUCAAUCAAGGCUGCGGCAGGUGACCACGAUGAUGUCGGGGCGCUGUACGAAUCCAUGCGUGCACUUGGCCUCCAGCCCAACUCAUACGCUCAAAACGCGGCGAUUGUCGCCUUCUCACGUCAGCGUCGCACCGACCAAGUGCUUGCUAUCUGCGACGAGCUCAAGUCCACUGUCGGUAAGGAUGGCAAGACCCGGACGGUCGAACCGAACGUGGCCAGGUCUUUACUGCUAUCGCUUGCACUUGCUCACGAAGAUGAGGCUCUUCGUGACGCAGUGCAGACUCUGCCUGGGUGUACUAUGGACGUUGCAUUGAACGUGCUGGUGGGUAUCAACCGAGCUGUCGACUCGGUGGAGUUCUUUGAUGAAAACGUGUCCGCCGACACGUUCGAGUCGCUUUUUCGUAAGCUGUGUCAGUCUGACAACCCCGUCCUUGGCGCAACGCUUCUGCUCAAGUACGCGCGGCUGCAUGGAUUGACCGAGGUGCAUCCCAAGCGUGUGAUCCGUGUGACUAACGCUCUUGCCAAAACGGGCAACUUUGUUGAGGCAGAGAAGUUGUUGCAAAUGUACUUGGACGGAAGCAACGGUGUCUCCCUGAAGCAAAUGCCGGCAUACUUCCAGCAGCACACGAUUGAGAUGCUGCUUUUCAUUUAUGGUGAAUUCGGCCGCUUUGAUGCUAUGCGUGCACUUUUUGAGAAGGAGUUGAUGGUAUCUCCGUUUGAGGUUGCCCACUAUGAAGCAGCACUGGAGUAUUGUGCUCAAUCACGCGACGAGCUUGCCGGUGCGGUGGCUAGUUUGAAGCUGUUUGAGAUGCUGCGCACUCGUGGAUUUAUCCAGCCGAGCGGGUACACGUAUUUAUUGACUCUCCAGAGCUGCUUGCGCCUUGAACGCUUAGAGCCCGCAAACGCCUCUGCGGUAAAGUCUACAGGUCAGGUCAUCUUGGGCGACGUGCAAGAGCAUGGGUUCCAAAAGCUAGUGGCCGACGAGCUGAGGAAGCAAGUAUUAUCCGCAUACAAGCAGGUUCAGGUCGAGAGUCGGAAGCCAAUUCGUCGGAUCAGCAAGGAGGGUAACUCACCGGAUACUAGCGUUAUGGGUCCCGAGGAGCUUGCGCGCAUAGCGCUCUUUUGUCACCACCACGGCAUGCCUGUCACAGAGGAUCUGAUGGAUAAACUGUUGAAACUGCACCGACACUUGCCAGCAAUGCUCGCGAAUGAGUUGGCGUCUGUCAAGCACCAGCUCCAAAAGGGACCGGACACGUUUGCUACUCUUGGCUCGGGAGUCAAGAACCGACCGCCAAAGCGGGUGAUUGUGGAGCGAAGUGCUGCCAAAACGAAGCGCGUGGCUCCUGUUUUUGCACAAGAGUCUGGCCAGAGACGACCGCGUAGCAAGAGCUACCAGGCUGCCGUGCGUGCGGCCACUGAUGCGCGGUGGGGCGCUGUCCUCGAGCGCAUUGUGACGGACAAGGACUAG